CUUUUUUUUUUUUUGUGGGGGGGUGGUGGUGGUUAGGGGUGCUGUGCUUUGUUCACGGGUGCAAGAUGGGGAGGAAAAGCGCCCGUGGAGGCGUCGGGGCCGCCUGACUCCAGCCCGCCGGGGCAGCGGCGCUCCCGGCCUGGCUGCUGCGGGGGGGCAGCCUCGGCUGCUGAGCCACGGCCGCCCGCUGACCGCAAGUCCUUGCGAGGGCUCCGGAGGGGUCACUUCGGUGCUGUCUGGCUGCAGCAGCGCCUGGAGGACGCGUCUGUGUGCGGGACCUGUAACUAAGUGGACCCUACUGACCUCUGAACCACAAAGCGUAAGAGUGAAAAGAAGUGGGAGAAACACGUGAAGAAAAAGGAAGUGAGGCACUUUCCUCUGGACUGCUUUCCUGCCCUUUAUUACUAAACCUGAAUGGAAAAGAGAGACUUCCGUGCCUUUCCUCCCCCAACCUCAGGGAUGGGUGGAUUGUAAAUACAGUGUGCGCAGCUGGGAGAAUAGACUGAACCAUGAAUCUUCAGGCUCAGCAAAAGUCUUCAAACAAAAGGACUGGGAAACGAAUUGCCUAUUUUAAUGAGCAGGAAAUAGCUGUGUCAUCAAAAGAACCUCAGCAGCCGCUGAAGGAAGGACAGUACUAUGGCCAUGGAGGGAAUAUACCGGUCUCCCAAACUAUGGAGAUUUCCCAUGCAGGAGGAUUAACAAGUGCCCCCAACAAUGUUGCUUUGAUGAACUCUGUUUACAAUCAAGAUAGGGGAGAAUCAAUGAUGAUGUCCCAGGCAGUAACAGCUGUCAAAUGGCAGAAUUCCCUAACGGGAAAUCGGUUGCCACAGAGGGGUGACGGCCACUGGCAGUCUCCACCUUCGAUGUGGAACCAUGGUAUGGUUUUUGGAGGCAACCCAAAAGGACCCCACUCCAAUGCUGGUGCCCCAGGCUUCUAUAGCCAUGCAGAAGCCCUUAAAAGAAAUCAAGAGAAAGGAGUGUUUGUGUCACAGCUGGACUUGUAUGGAGAUGCUGUCCAGCAGAUGAUGUCCCAGAAGGCUCAGCUGGAACAGCAAGCCCUGGUUAGGCAGCAAGCUCAAAUCAAUUCUUUUCAUCAGAUGCAGAAACAGCAGCAGCAGAAUCAGAGUCUGCCGUUACAACCUUUCCAACUUGCAUUUGGUCACCAAGGCCAAAAGCAGGGUCUUCCUGAAUUGUUACAUGUCUUUCAAGAAGCCCCAGCUUCUUCCAGUCCAGCAUUUACUGCUCAACAAAAACAGCAAGCUCUUCCCCAACUACAGUUGUUUGAAAAUUUUUAUCCUCAACAGCAGCAGCAACAGGCUGCCACACAAGCCUUCAGCCUGCAGCAAACUACUUCCAUAGCACAGCCUCAUGUGGCAGCUGCAGCACCUCAGCAUCACAUGAUGGCACACCAGUUUCAGCAAACAGAGAGAAACCAGGAACUAUUCAAGGCUCUAACAGAGCAGAACCAACAGACUGUGCUACCUCAGACCCAGAUUCCCUUUCCAAGAAGGUCACGGAGACUCUCCAAAGAAGGUGUCCUGCUGACAUCUGCAGGAGAAGUGUUGGCUUCCAAGCAGUCAGAAGAACAACCUAGCAAUUUAUUUCUGCAUCACUGGCAAACACAUCAGCAAGAGGUCCCAUUACAGCAGCCACCUGAAUCACUGGCCCACCACAAAAGCAACUAUUUGCACCCCAAGAGACUGGAUCUGGGGCAGAAGGAUGUCCUGGUCAAUAGUGAGCUGUGCCAGAUGGAAACAGACAGACAGACCACAGCCCAGAACGGUAGAGAUGGAGAGAAACAGGCAGCAGCAGCUGAAGAAAACACUCAGAGAACUAAUGAUUUUCAGGGUGUCAGAGGUGGUGUCAUCCAGAGUACACGACGGAGACGGCGUGUUUCUCAAGAAGCCAAUUUGCUAACUUUGGCUCAAAAAGCUGUUGAGCUGGCUUCUCUUCAGAAUGUAAAGGAAGCAGAUACUUCAGAAGAGAAGAGUGUGCUGAUAGCAGCUCCAGGACCUACAGCUGCAAAAAGUGUGGUGGAAUUCGCCAGUUCUUCACCAGCUCCCAAAAGAGCCCGAGAGGAUAACAGCCUCGUGCCUCUUAUCAUUCCUGUGUCUGUGCCAGUGAGAAAAAUUGACUUGCAGAGCCUUGGAAAAGAAAAGUCUGAGGACGGAAAGCUCCAGAGAGGCCAAACAAAUGAUCGAGCUCCUUGUGAACGCAAGCCCUCUGUGAUAGUCACUCGGAGGCGAUCUAAUCGUAAUACUAACAUGGAAACCUCAAAUCAGCAUGAAGAUGCUGUUCCAAAGGAUGAAGCAGAGGGCUUUGCCCGGAAACCAAAGCAGCGGCCACGACCUGAGCCACUCUUCAUUCCACCAAAAGCUGGCACCUUCAUUGCACCACCCGUUUAUUCUAACAUUACUCCAUAUCAGAGCCACUUACGGUCACCUGUCCGUCUGGCAGAUCAUCCUUCGGACAGGAACUUCGAGCUACCUCCUUACACUCCUCCACCAAUUCUUAGUCCAGUGAGAGAAGGAUCUGGGCUCUAUUUUAAUGCUAUCCUCUCUUCAAGUGGUCAUUCUGUUCCACCUCCAAUGACUCCUAAAAGUGCUCACAGAACUCUGCUUAGAUCAAACAGUUCAGAAGUUACCCCUCCUGUUCUUACAGUAGUGGGGGAAGCCACGCCGGUCAGCAUUGAACCGCGAAUAAAUGUAGGAACUCGCUUUCAAGCAGAAAUCCCAUCACUCCAAGACAGAUCUCUGGCAGCAGCUGAUGAACAUAAAGCAGAGCUGGUGUGGCAGCCGUGGGGCGACCUGGAAACCAACAAAGUCACCCAAGAGAAUGUGGAAAACCUGCUAGCUGCUGCCUGUUCAAGCAUUUUUCCUGGGGCUGGAACCAACCAGGAGCUGGCGUUGCAUUUCUUACAUGAAGCAAAGGGAAGCAUUCUGGGAGCUUUGACCAAACUGCUGUUGCAGAGGCCAGUACGAUCGCCUACCCACCCUUUGGCAGAUUAUCACUACACAGGAUCAGACAAGUGGAAAGUUGCUGAAAAAAAACUUUUCAACAAAGGAAUUGCAAUCUACAAGAAAGACUUUUUCUUGGUCCAAAAGCUUAUAAAAACCAAAACAGUGGCCCAGUGUGUGGAAUUCUACUACACAUACAAGAAACAGGUGAAAAUUGGUCGGAAUGGGACCUUAAUCUUUGGGGACAUUGAUGUUGCUAAUGAGAAAUCGAUGAAAGAUGAAGCUGAAGUAGACAUCAAGAGUUCCCAUAGGUUUGCACGUGUUCUUCCUCCCAGAAGGGACAUUUACAGUGAAGAACAGGGGCACGUGGAGGAAGACGAGGAGGAGGAAGAAGAGGAGGCAGAGGAAGGGUUGGAUAACAGAAAGAGCAGCACAGUUCCACUCAAAGAUGAACAGACACUACAAGAUGGUGUAACAGCCAAUGACACCAAUCUGAGGAGUCAAGAGGGAACUGUCACAGGCAGAGUUGGAAGGAAGCCGAGGGAGGCAGCAGUGAAGCCUCGAAAGCCUAUUGCUGCUCCAGUGCAGAGGAGGAGGCGGAAACAGAAGAUAAAAUCAGAUGCUACCAGUAAAACUCAGAACACAGAAAACGCAUUUCCAUGUAAAAAAUGUGGCAGGGUCUUCUACAAGGUGAAGAGCCGCAGUGCUCACAUGAAAAGCCACGCAGAGCAGGAAAAGAAGGCGGCUGCUCUGAAGCAGCAAGAGAAGGAGGCAGCAGCAGCAGUGGCAGCAGCGGCGGCAGCAGCCCACAGCCAGGCCCAGCGGGAAGAGAGCAGCGAGAGUGGGAGCAGCAGCAGUGGAAGCAGCAGCGCGAGCUCGGAUGAAGAAGGAGAAAUAUAGCAGCAGACCAGAAACGGAGGGAGUAGCAAGGCUGGACCCAACCUCCCUCUUGGUGGUUUUACUUUUUUUGCUUGCACUUUCUUUACCUGACCUAUCAGGUCUCAGUUUUAGUGCUGCCGUUUCCUGACGCCACAUGUUCCACUUCACCUUGCCAGUACUGACCAAGCCGGAAUGGUGGAUGAAAAGAUUUGUUUCAACUUUUUUUUUUUUUUUUUUUUUAAACAAAUAAGAUUUCUAUUCUAUUUAUAAUGAUACCUGAGGUACAUAAUAGAACAAUGUCACCUGCGGUGGAAGUACGUUCUCUCAGGUCAGUCAGACCUUUCUUUUGUGCUUGUCAGGAAUCAUGCUAACAGAACUCUUGGAUAUAAAGGUUUCCAGACCGGAGCAAGAAAAUGAUGCUCUGCUCUGGGCCAAGUGUAUCCAGUUACUGUGACACUGGUGAUUUCUAGAUGUUUCCUUUCUCAGCAAGUUCUCCUUCCUGUUACACUUUCCUGCCUUUCUUUCUGAGCAUUUAUUCAGGCAGCCAAUAAGUUUCGUGGAAAGAUGGUGUGCACUUUUGGCCUCUGAUUCACAAAAAUGACAAGUGGGAUGAGCAAGACAGUCAUCUUCCUUUUGAGAGCAAGUUUUAUUUUUCCAAAAGGAAGCCCGAGGUGGUUUGUUUUAUGCCAUUAAGAAUGCAGCAAUGGAUAUAAAAAUACCGUGUGGGAUUAGAGUAGCCACAGGCCUUGCGGGUUGUCUCGUCUUGGAGAACAAAAUAGUCUGCCUUUGAUUAACUUAAUGGAAAGUAGUCUGGGCUUUACAAGUGCAAUUUGAAAUGUAAACUGCUGGGUUUGACUUUGCAUAAAUGGGAGCAAGUUUGUUUAGUGAAAAUGAACCAAGACUUUCUUGUGUGCUGGAUUGUGUGCGCCUCAGAGAUGGGAGGAAUGGACUCUAAUCUCUAGCAGUGAUCCCUCAGUGAAUGGCUUUUACCUCUCAACACGUCCGUUUCUUUCUUGCGGCAGCCCUUAUGUAUUCCCUGAAAUUGCCAUCAUUAAGAGCUAGUGUCGUGGGGCCCUAGUUUCCCAAAUACUUCUGUCGGACAGUAUGUGCAUGCAGGAGAAGCUUGUCACUUACUUCCACACCGGUGGCUGGAGGGCAGUGCCUGCUGGAUUGUCCUGCUGUAAGCCUUGCUGGAAGGCUGACUCCUCCUUCAGAACUGACACAUGCUCAUAGCCCAUAAAGUCCAGCCACCAAAAGCCUGCUGGUAAAAGAGAGUUAAGAACUAGUAAAGUGGUCCAGAUGACAUAGCUGUUAGAUUGUUCUGUACAUCUUUAUAGCCCACGUUUAUCAUUGUUUCGUAAAGAUGCAAAGGAUCAGAUCACUUCCUUGUGCUUCAGUCAGUCAGUCCCAGUCCCUACCCUGGCUGCUCAGCUCCCUCCCUCCAGCCAGUGCUUAGAAGCAGCGCUGAUCCCUGGCUCCUGGGUGCUGGCACUGUGUCAGGUCGUGUGUGUGCUGCUCCAGUGGUGCAAUACCACACGAGCCGGUCACUGCUGCAUUCCCAAGCAGGGAUCCUAAGGGAGUUGUUGUACAUGAACUACGGUGUGUUCCAGACUGGAUAAUCCUUCAAGCUGCUAGAUAAAUUCCAGGUUAACUAACUAUGGAAGGUGCCAUCUGGCAAUCUUUUCCUGCCUCCUGGUUUUAUACAACCAUGGUUGCUUCACUCUUGAAGUCUGGGAGGCUGCGUAUUGUAUGUUUGCUUUGACAUAUAUAUGCCUUUGCAUAGAAUCCUUUUCCUUACUAGCAGAAACAGUUACUACUCUUAGAAAAUAAGUAGGAGUACCAUUAAGGACUGCACUUUUUCCAGUGUUGACACUUUUGUCUUUAAGUGUUCAAUUUUCUGCCAAGAUUGUGGGGGUUUUAUUCCUAACAAAAUUAGGUUUCCUUUCAGCAUUGGGACAACUGUUCCAUGUCCCUGCAUGCAGGGGUCUUGUUGACUAACUAGGCUGUGGGAGCAGAUGGCAUGUCAUGAACUGUUAAGAUCAUGCAAAAAUGGCUAAAAACUAAAAGCUACUGGUCUUUAAAAAGAAGCUUCAGCAAAUCAGUCUUCCUGAUAAGAAUUUCAGUGUUCAUUGUUAUCUUCUUCCUUUCAUAAAUUGGAGAAAACACUUGUCUACCAUUAUCGUAAGGCCCUCAGAGAGAACAGCGUUUUUAGCACACUGUUCUAGGAAGGACAGUAGGUGAAGCAGCCGGACCUCAUGGUCCACUUGCUGUACUGGGAUUAAUUCCAGUAAAAAGCAAUGAUACAAUUAAACAAAGUUCCAAAGUAUGUUUCUGGGAAGUUGCCAAUAGUUUCCAGAUCUUGAGAACUACAAGGCAACAGUUCAGAAACAAGCAGAGCUUGUGAGGGUAUCUAACAAAGUGAUGUAGCUAUGAUUAUACAGUUGCAAUGAAUGUAUUUGCCUGGAAUACCACUGUCACAGAAGUGGAAGGGUGUACGGUUACUGAACUGAGACUGGGAAGGCCUAAAACACAUAACAAAGAAAAGGAGGUGGAACUGGCACAUAUUGAGGAACAUGGCAAAAAAUGAAGAUGUCUUAGAUUGGAGAUUUGGUUAAACUUGAGAAUUACAAUAAGGUUAAACAAAACCUUAUAAAAAUGCUUUUACAAUCCUUGCUAAAACAGUGCAAAAUGAAUCAGUAUGUAAUCCCUUAGAGACAACCAGAGACUCUUCAUACUAGGACAAACCAAAGCUCUGUCUAGCUCCAGGUCUUGUUUCUGACAGUGAUAAGGAGCAGAUGCUUAGGAAAAAGCAAAGGGCAGUAUGGACUAGUGGGUAUAGUUCCAGCUGGAGAAUAGGUUGCUGAACUAGAAGAACGUAUGUGCCGCCUUUGGAAAGACAAACCUGCAGAGAGGUUUGUGCUGAAAUGUGCUCAUCUUUCAGGCAGAAAACUGGGACAUUUCUCUGCCUUUUACUCAUCUGCUCUAUCAUCUGUGUUUACUCCAGUAUUUUUAGCAUCUGGAAGCAUGCCUGGGUGAUAAUGAGCACACAUUUAAUCAUGGCCCUCAGGAGUUUUCAAGCUUGAAGUAGUUUUAGAUUUGGCAUAGUAAAUUAUGGUGACAAACAACUGAUCAGAUGAAACAAAGUACUAAGGCUUAGGGAGCAAAUUGGGGGAUUGCUUUAAGUACCAGUUUAAUCUCCUUUCAGAUACGAUGAUGCUUGAAUGCAAGCAUUAUUAUAGUCUUCCAAAGACCAGAUCUUUCAGUGAUUCUCCUUAUUUUAGGAAAUCGAUAUGAGGAAGUUUUUUUCUCAUCAAGGAUAAAUCAUUGAGGUGCUGAUAAGAACGAAUCCGAUUUUCUUUAAUUGCACAACAAUGGUGCGUGUAUGACACACUGAAUCCAGUACCGGUGGUUUCUCUCCCACCCUGCUGCAGUAGAAAUAGAAGAGAACAGGAAGAUUUGAAACAACAAGGGAAGGUCUUGUCACUGGAAGAAAAUCAGGCCUCUAAUGGCUGUGGGUUAGCACCGCUGACCAAAAAUCAGGUAAAUGUUCCAAGUCAGUGGCAUCAAAUGGAAACGUUUCUGAGCUUGUUUACAGAUUGCUACUAGCCACCAGAAGGUCUCUUUUCUGUCAUGGUAAUGCGUAAAAAUGAUUCUCUGAGUGUCUUGUGUAAAAACAAAUAAGCAAAGUCAAACCUGAUGCCCACUUGCUUAGGGUAGGAGUUUGGAAUUGAUCCUACAUCUGAAUUGGAUCCUGCCUGCUAGCAAAAGUUGGUAGAGAAUUGGUUUAAAAAAACCAACCCACCCUACCCCACUUGCUACGGACAGAGCGUUGGAGCUAAUUAGAAUUUGUCAAAUCCGGAAUUAACUCUGUUACUCUUCUUAGCAGGGGAAAAAGCUGGAGUGGCUCUUUACUGCAGCACAGUGUUAAUUGAAGGCUGUGUGCUUCCAAUUAUAAUUGAAAAAUAUAAUUUUGUAUGUUCUGUUGAUUUGUCCGGUUUAAAACCCCACGCUUGUUAUUUUCCAUCAUUUAAAGGCUUAUUUACUGCUCCCCAUUUAGUAUAAGGGUUUGCUGUUAAUAUAGAAAAAAGGCAGUGUAUGCUCAGUUGAGUUUGAGUUGAGUUUGAACAAGGCCUCUCUUUGCUUUAGCUGUCUUUCCUAUGGGAACACAUACAAGAUUUACAGGCUGCAGUUCUGUACAUGUGUACUAAUAGAUUUGCCUUUUACAGUGCGAGAUCAGGCUUCAGUGGUCACACACCCCGUAGUCAGGUGGCUCUAUUUCAGAAACAUGACCUGUUUGAGGCCUGGUGCCAGCACUGGCCACUGUGCAGCGGCAGAUCACGCUCUGCCCUGAUCUCGUACUUCUGCCUGUGUUGUCUGUACUUUACAGAUAAGAUUCAGUCUUUCAGGUUUGUGAUCUGCAUGGGAUAGCAUCUCAGGUUUGUAAGCCUGUGUGUGUAUAUUGUGAGUAGGUAUAUGCAUGCACUCGUGAUACGUAUCUGAUAUAGCUACAGGUGUUUUGCAGUCUGGCUGCAAGAACAACUCUGCGUUUUAAUUUAUUUGAUGUUUUCCCAUUUACUGUUACAGGUAACGGUAUCUGAGAGAACUCUGUUCUCUAAGUUGAAGGCCUACAGCAUUUCAGGUGGCUGUGCAGGACCGUGGCAUUUGCUAGGUAGGACCAGGUAGGAAUACAGCUGCUUAAAGGCAAGGCAAAGAUGGAAGUUCUAAAGCUUAAAGGUAACUCAUCUGUUAAUCGCAUACUAGACAUGUAACGUGAAGUCAAACUAGCUAAAAAUACUCUCCAGUUUAUCAAACUGAGGCUUUUGGCCAUUUUUAUCAUUGCAACAAGCUUAGAUUAAAAUCAACAUGCAAAAAAAGUGUUUCCUAAGCCACAAAGAGUGAGUUUUCUCACUCUCAGCAAUUACACACUUCUUAAUUCUCUUCAGGCAGUGGACGAGAAAGUUCUGAUACACACACAUCCUAGUUUAAAAGAAAUGGGAGUAGGGAGGAUUGCAGCCAUGGGUGUCUUGUCUGCUUUCAUCCAUCGGCACUUUCAGUCCCAUGGUUACCUCUGCCAGAAACCCUUAUUUUAAACCACAUUUUCCCAUGCAAACUUUCUCCCUGUUUCAUCCUCUGAUGUAUGUCUGAACAGUUAUAGAACUUUAAAGAGACGGAGAAGCAGUGUCUGCAGGUUGUGUUUGAGUUUUGUGCGGGUGAGUUUCUAUGUAAAUUCGUCACUUGGGUUCAGCUGCUUUACUCGCCCUCAUUUUCUCCUGUGUCAAACGUUAGGAUGACACAAACUUUAAAUCCACAGCUGUCUUAAGGAUUUUUCUUUCCCAGACUAGGAUUCCAUUGACAGCUGAGCCUGAAUAAACCCUUAACUUCUCCAGAUUAGAAGACUACAUAUAUUUUUAUAGAAAUGUAAUUGUAUAUUUUAAAAACCAGUUUCCUGCAGCUUCUCCACAUGUAUUCCCCCCCCACCUUGUAGUUCAGAUUUGAUAUAAACUUUUUUGUGUUCAUUCUUUUUAUGUUCUGUUUUUAAAUUUGUAGUCAAAGCUUUGGUGUACUGUACAGGAGCAGUCAGCCUUUGUAAUUACUGUAUAAAUGCUUUAUAAUAAAGUAUAUUACUUUUAUUUUAACAAGUAAGCAGACACUUCCUUUUGUGUGUCUGCUGCCUAGGGCACCUUUUAAAAAGACUGUUACAUGUUUAAAAUGUACAUAUAUAAAUAUAUUUACCUGUUGCUGUACAGUUGUGAUAGACUGGACUGAAUUUAUUUUUUGUGUGCUUUUUUUAUAAGAUAUUAAUACACUAAAGGAAAUCUUGCUGAUGUGAUUGUAAUGUACUAUGUAACUUAUUUACUGAAUAUCCUCUAUAUAUCUAAAAAAACCUUUUAUUAAAUGAGGUUUAAAAAAUA